AAAAAACAAUUUAUAUUAAGAAUGAAGAUUAUAAUUGAUUUAACAAAGGAAAACAAGUAUACAGAAGAAAUCAUUGAUCUCACAUAUGAAAUCAAUAACAACAGCAAUAACAACAACAUAAACAACAACAUCAUCCAUAUAAAUCAAUUCCAACUUAAUUUAAAGAGGAAUCUUAUGAUUUAUAUCACUGAUUUGGAAGAUUAUAUUUUCAACAAAAUAUUAGAAAAUAAAAAAAAUAAAUUUUCAACAUUAAUAAAAUAUUUUACUUUUUCGCGUCUCACCAGCAGAUUCGAAUGUAAUUUAUGUGAAUGUUUCACAAUUUCAUUAUCAAACAAAAAGGUUGGACAUUGUGCAACCUCUCAUAUUAAUGAGAAUUUGUCAUAUUUAGGAGUAUUGAUAUCUAUAGAAGAUCUAAGUCUAGUAAUGACAACUUUAUACAAAAACAGAGUAUCGGUGAAAAAAUUUUUAAUCAUAAAGAACCUACUCGAACAAGUAAAUACCGACAACAUCAAGAAUUUUAAAAGAAAAGAGAAUAAUUAUCUACUUAAAGAAACUGAAGUAUGUAUUAGAAUACUUGUUAUCCAAUAA